UAUAAAUACGAUGGAGAUCUUUAUUUUCUUAUAUCAUUUGCCAGUGGAUUGAGUUUAUAGAGUGAAUAAAAAUAGUUUAAUUAUUUUAAAGAAAAUGGCAACUAUUAAAUUCAAGGAAUCAUCUCCUUACACUAGACCAACUCCAGCUCCACCAUCAGAAGAUUAUUUAUAUAAAAUAUUUGAAAAUAAUCGUGCUCUAACUAGUGAUACAGCAAGUGAUCCAAUUAUAAGAAUCGCAAUUUUUGGAGUGGGUCGAGCAGGAAUGAUUCAUCUUGAUAAUAUUAUCAAUAAUCCACGAACUAAAUUAAUUUAUAUUGUUGAUGAUAUGGAAUCUAACUGGCCGAAAAUUAAAAAACAUUUUCGAUUGAAUGAUGUUAUUUUUCUGAACAGUAAACAGUCAGACAAGGUUUUUAAAGAUCCAAAUGUUGAUGCAGUACUUGUUGCAUCUCCAACUCAUACACACGAGCUGAUAGUUACUAAAGCGUUAGAAGCAAAAAAAUCUGUAUUUUGUGAGAAACCUGUAGCUGAAAAUCGCCAAAAUACCGAAAAGUGUUAUGCUACUGCUCAAAAAACUGGAAAAACUCUUUUUACUGCAUUUAAUCGUCGCUUUGAUCCAAGUUAUAAUGCAGUAAGGAACAGAGUUAGGAAAGGAGAAGUUGGACAUGUUCAUGUACUUAGAAUAGUAUCUCGAGAUUCACCUUUGCCUACAAUUGAAUAUCUUCGUGAAUCUGGUGGAAUUUUCCAUGACUGUAUGGUCCAUGAUAUUGACAUGAUGACAUGGAUCUUGGGAGAAUAUCCAACAAGAGUUUCAGUUCAAGCAUCUGCCAAUAUACCGGAGAUAAAUGCAAUUAAUGAUUUUGAUACAGUAGUAACAUCGUUAAAAUUUCCAUCUGGUACUUUGGGAGUCAUAGAUCUAUCUCGUAAUUCAGUAUACGGUUAUGAUAUGAGACUUGAAGCUUUCGGACCAAAAGGAAUGGUGCGCGCUGAAAAUGAACAGCCAAUUCACUGUGUUGAGACAAUGUAUAAUUAUAAUGGUCCUAAUCAGCCACCAAUUUGGUAUUCAUUUCCAAGUCGCUUCCGAUUAGCUUAUCAGAAAGAACUUGAUCAUUUUCUUGACAUUAUUUUGGGUAAAGUAGAACCCUCUGUUAAACCUAAAGAAACGUUAGCAGUAAGUAAAAUAGCAGCUGCAUGUGAAGAAUCAGCACGUACUGGAAAAAUGAUCGAAAUUCAUUGGAAUAAUGGAGAACUUCCAGCAUAAAAAAGAGAAAUAUAAGUACAAAAUUUAAUAUUUCAACUGUUUAUUUGUUAUUUUAUAUACAAAUGAAUUUGCUUAAAAUUCAGCUACAAAAAAAAUAUUUUUAUUAA